CUUACACUUGAGCUUAUCUUGGAAUGGUAGGGUUCUUGACCUUCAUGAUGACUGAAGUGGCACAAUUACAGCUAAGGUCGAAGGAGGAGCCUCUUCAGAAUGGAGAAAGACGUUGAAGGAGGAGUGCACUUAGAAGGAGUACCUUUCGAAGAAGAAUACCCCGCAAGGAAGAGAGGAUGAAGAGAGCGAAAAGAGGGACAUUUUGAUGGCCCCGAUUCGGCACGACAGCGUAUCCAGAAAAGUUCCAGCCUUCUUCCGCAAAUCGGAAAUCUUUACCAGCUCAUUAGGUUCUGGCUGGCCUUUGCAUCAGAAGACCAUCAUAUCUGGCUUCCGACAAGCUCGGCUCACCCCAACCUGCUAAAUGCUUUUCGACAACGGAAGACGAUCGUCCAAUUCUGGGUGGGAGUAGCACCUAUUGAAGACAAGAUGCGGGAGUCACGCCUACGGUGGUUUGGUCAUGUGCGUAGAAGACCGAGUGAUGCACCUGUUAGGCGAGUUGAGAUGUGUGGAGAAGAGGCGGGGAAGAGAGGGAGAGGAAGACCCAAACAGACGUGGGUUAGGGGAGUUCGAAGUGAUAUGCUUCUUCUGGGGUUGGAUGAGGGCAUGACUUUGGAGAGAACUAAGUGGAGGGCGGGUAUUCACGUGAAGGAGUGAUCUUGAUAAUCUUUUUCCCUCAUCUUUUUUUUCCUAGUUUUUUUUUAUCCUUAUAUAUAUAUGCAUUAUUUGCAGCCUUUUUAUUGUAUCUUUUUUAUAUAUAUUCAUCUUUUUUAUAUUAUCUUUUCAUAAUAGCUUAUCUUUUUAUCUUUAUUCCUUCUUUUCCUUUUGGUUGUGAUAUCAUGUAUCGAUUCAUGUUAGCCGACCCCAAUAUCUUUUGGGACUAAGGCUUGAAUGUUGUUGUUGUUGUUCAUAUUUCUCUAAAACUUUCUAUUCCCCCCUCUACGCUUUUUGAAUCUUCCAAGGAGUACCUACAAACUUCUUCUAUGAUCUUCAAGAAGAAUCUAGAGGACUGCACAUUUAUGCAAAGUGUUCUAGAGGCUCUCACACAUUUCCACACGGUUCUCCAAAAUUUCACAAUUUCUUUAAGUAGCUCCAUAAUGUUCUAAAAUAUUCCACACUUUCCUAGAAUAUUCUUCACCUCUCUAAAAUGAUCUAAGAUAUUUUAUAACAUUGAAUACUUCUCGACAUUCAUUUAGAAAAUUCUUAAAUUCUCUUGAAGUUUUCAAAUAACUAGAGAUCCGAACACCUUUCGUAUGUCUACUUUUAAAUAGCAUGUGAAAUUUUGUUAGAAUUAAGUUGAAAUGAGCUGUUGCCCAUCCCAAUUUAAUCAAAUUAUUAUUUUCCAAGUAAAUUUGAGGUACCUACAAGGCUGCAAUACGAAAUUGUGUGUAAAAAUAGUAAAACAAAAUCAGAUAAAGUUGAAAUAUAGUUAUAUAAAUGCAUUAUUUCCACUCUUUAAUUACCACUUGAAUCUACAAUAACAUAAGGCUUUUGAGUUUUUGAAGGUUUGCCGGUCCAUUGGCAGUGAUGUUGCGUCCCCGGAUGUACCGCCACUGCCUACAGCUGCCAGCUGCCACAGUGAUUCUAAACUGCAUCAGUUCGGCGGCCACUAUUUAUACUGCUGCUGCUGAACACAAAGAUGAUCCCUUCAAGGCACACCCGUGUUACCACCACCUUUCUUCCAUUAAGUCCAAGGGAGAACUUCUCCAAUCAUACACAGUCACGCCACCUAUCCAACCCUGGCCUCGGAACCUUACCCAUAAACGGCUCAUUUCUCUUAUAUCCUGCCAACAUGACCCAAACAUGGCUCUCCACAUCUUCCACCACGCAGGUAAAUACCACCCUGGGUUUUCCCAUAAUUAUGAAACCUACCACCGCAUCAUCCUCAAACUUUGUCGUGCUCGUGCCUUUGAAUCCGUGGAUACCCUUUUGGCUGAGUUACGGCAAACUAACAUCACAUGUUCGGAGAAUCUGUUUGUCACAGUUAUCCGGAACUAUGGCAUUGCAAGCAAACCAAAGCAGGCCAUUAAGUAUUUCUUGAAAAUCAAAGAUUUCGGAAUAGUAAGAUCAGUGAAGUCUUUUAAUACAUUGUUGAAUGCUUUGGUUAAUAACAAAAAGUAUGAUCUUGUGCACAUCUUGUUUAAGAAUUGUAGAAAGAAGUUAGACAUUGUGCCCAAUUUAGUCACUUGUAAUAUCUUAUUGAAGGCUCUGUGUAAGAAAGGUGAUGUUGGUGGUGCAAUUGGAAUUUUGGAUGAAAUGCCUGCAAUGGGAAUAGUUCCAAAUGUUGUUACUUAUACCACCAUUCUAGGUGGCUAUGUGCUUAUAGGCGAUAUGGUGGGUGCUGAGAGAAUGUUGAAGGAAACCCUUGAUAAAGGAUGUUUGCCUGAUGCAACAACGUAUACCAUUUUGAUGGAUGGCUUCGUCAAGAAAGGGAAAUUGAUGAAUGCAGUGAAGGUGAUGGAUGAGAUGGAGGACAAUGGGGUCAAACCAAACGAUGUAAGUUAUGGAGUGAUGAUAGAGGCUUUGUGUGCUGGGAAGAGACCAGGUGAAGCAGUCAACUUGCUUAAUGAUAUGCUUGAUAACAAAUAUCCACCUAGUGGAUCACUUUGUUGUAGGGUUAUUGAUGCUAUGUGCGAAGCAGGAAAGGUCCAAGAGGCAUGUGAUCUGUGGAAAAAAUUGUUGAUAAAGAACUGCACCCCUGAUAAUGCAAUAUCAAGCACACUCAUAUAUCAUCUGUGCAAGGAGGGACACAUUUGGGAAGCAAAGAAAUUAUUUGAUCAGCUUGAGGGAGGUUCAGCUCCCAGUGUUUUGAUGUACAACACAUUAAUUGCAGGAAUGAGUGAGAAUGGAGAGAUACUUGAAGCUGGGAGGCUGUGGGAUGACAUGGUUGAUAAGGGGUGCAUACCUAAUGCUUUUACUUAUAGCAUGCUGAUUAGGGGAUUUUGUAAAGUCGGUAAUCCAACAGAAGGAAUUAGAGUUCUACAGGAGAUGAUAGAUAAUAAUUGUUCCCCAAAUAAAUUCACUUUCUCUGCAAUAGUCCAAGAGCUUUGUUGCUCAGGAUCUGAAAGAGAUGGUGUUUUGAAUAAGAUAUUGUUGGAGAUUGCUGCUUAAGGAAUGCUUUAUCAGUUUUUUUUAAUACAGAAGAUAGUGCAUUUUUAUGAUUGUAGAAGCAGAGGCAUCCGUUUCAAAUGGAUCUAAGUGCUUUUGGUGCCAAUAUAUCAUAUUGCAAGAUUUGCUCUCUUCUUGGGCGUUGGUUAUUAGCAAAUCGUGUCUAGCAGUGUCUAGCAAUGCACCUAGUGAUUUUAGAGCCCCCAAAGGAUGAGAGUAAAGUUAUGUGCUAUAAAUAUUUCUAGUCAUUUUGAAGUGUGAUAAAAUUAAGUUUCAUAGUUGUGAGUUAUGACCAUAGCUCUUUCUUUUUGCAAAAUGCAAGCCCAAAUUACAUUCCAAUCAUGUGUUGUAAUGUGUUCGGCUCGUGCAUAUUGUUUCGGGUUUUGGGUAGAAAUUUUCCUACUCCUUUGAUCCUUUCCAAAUGCUAAACUUGUAAAACAUCAACAUAUAAAAAUAGUCAGCAGAACUAUAAUGCAACUGUAAAGCAAAAUAAAUGAUGAAAUGUCUGUGUUGAUAAAUUCGUGUAUAAACAUGAAAAAAGCAUUCAGCACUCAGCAGACCUAUACGGCUAUACUAUUUAAAAGCGGUAAAAAUAAUUAUAAAAUAAAAGUGCACACCAAUUUCAACAUGUUAAUAGAGUGGUAAUAGUAGCAAUUUCCUGUUGUUGAGAUAAUGUUUGUAUUAAAAAACUCCCUUUGUCUAUUGGACUUUGUCAAAUUUUCUUUUUUGUUUGUCCCAAAAACAUUGUCACUUUUCUUUUAAAUUAAUUAAGUUGUGUUUCUGCUUACUUCUCUCUUUCUGCGCAACCACAAACCUCAAACACUUGAGUUUUACUUUUCUUAUUUCACACACAACUCAAAGUUGGCAAUGCCCUUUGAGAUGGAGGUAGUAUAAGAACAAUUGAACAAGUUAGAUGAUACCUAUAUAUUUCAAUAUGUGAGUGUGUAAAAAUGAAGGUAUAUAUAUCCGAUUGGAACCAAGUAUAUGUGUAUGACCCAUUGACCCUUCCAAUGGAUUAGUCCUUCAAUACAAUAUGAAAUGAUGACUGAUCAUUACAUACUGUAAUAUUUAACAAUUAAUGUUACAAUUGUAUAAUAUUUGAGCGCUGCUGGAUGUUACCUAGUCUUCGGGCUUCCUCAUGUAUAGCCGUCCAAUAUCUAAUCUUCAGUUUGCCUUAGCCGGCUGCUUGAUCCAAUGGCUUACUAAGAUAAUUAUAUCCAUGACUUGUAACAUUUGUUAUUUUCAUAUGAGAAAAUUUUCAAAAAAGGAGUAAAAAAAUGUGAAAUUUUAAAAUAGUACUAUGUUUACCCCGUUAAAUAAGAGUAAUUAAUGUCAUUUUGAAAUUAUACUUCCAUAUUUUGGCAUGUCGGGCAUAAAAAAAUAUAUAUUUAAGGCAAGUUAGUUUUGCAUAAUUUACUAGUCCUAAAGAACAUAUAGUCAUAUGUAGAUAAAUAAUUAAGAGCAUACCUUUAUUUGUUAAAUAUGUUCGACCCUUUGUAAGGCUGAAAUAAUUCCUUCUCUCUUGUUAGGGUUUAUUGAUACCGCCGCCCUUGCAUUUCAGCAUGGGAUUGGAGUGGAUGUUUUUUUUUAGUUUUGUUCUCUCUAUUAUGGUUUAUGGAGAAGCAGGAGUCUAGCGACACCUUGCAUCAUCGUUGUUGGAAUUGGGGUUGCUUUAUUGUAGCGGAGGGGGCAGUGAUACCAACGUAAAAGUGGUCUUCUCCCUAGCUUUUGUCUAGGGUUUGUCUUUCCGGCAGAUGGCUUGCGUCGUUUCUUGUUCCGUGAAUGAGUUUUAGCGUAAGUGGGAGGGCGGUCGUUACCAUGUUGUGCCUCUCCAUGGUCUGGUUCUCUAUGGUUGAUGUUUCAGGAUGUGUUGCUAUGAAUCGAAUAUGGAGGUUUGCGAUUGAUAAUUCCGAUUGGAAAAUCGCUUGACAAUUUCUGAAUCAAGUUCUGAGCAAGGGAGAAACAAAUCAACGGACCGCCCCCCUCCUGAACCGCAGCCUUUGAGCGACCGAGAUGAUAGGGUUUGGAAGAUGAUACCUCAAGAAUACUGGCAGGAAGGAGCUUAGAGUAUUUGUCAUUUAUUUUAUUUUUUAUGGUCUUACUCUCGCGUUAAGUUUGUUUGUGUUGCUCUAUUUUUUGUUGAUGUCUUUAGUUUUAGUUCUGCAAUGAAGAGUGACAAUUCUGCUAGAUAUUAUGUCGUUAGAAGGAUCUAUAUGACCAGUGAUUGUUGUGUCACAUCCGUUUGGUGGUUAGCGAUUCGUAUUGCUCUUUCAGGGGUGAUCGUUUCUAUGUCUAGCCCCAGGGUUAAUAGUGUUAAUUGGUCAAGUAUUGUUGUUGUUGGUGUUGGUCUCUUUGAGUUUGUUGUAACGAUCGAAAUACUAAUGAUAUUAAUAUAAGCGGUUUUUCCUUUCAAAAAAAGAACAUAUAGUCAUAUACAUAUGUAUGUGUUUAUUUUUUUUCUUAAGCAGUCUGGAAGAAAAAAGUAGGGUGAGAAAAAUCAGCAAGAUAUUGCUUUGGAGCAGACAUUGCACAUUGAUGGAUUUUAUGAAGUUCACUUCAUCCACUCACUAUCGCUUUAUUGAUCAUGUUCUUGUAAAUCAUGUAUCAAAAAACAAAUAUGAUGUUAAAAUAGACAGUGUUUUCAUAGAGCCUUUUCUUGGUGGAAGAAAUGGAAGAGUGAAAUACAUAUUUUAGAUGAUUGACUUAUAGCAUUCACAGGGCAUUGGGGGGAGGUCCUUUGAGGCACUCCUUAUGGAAACAUUUUUAUCUGGUAUGAAAUUGUCAUAAAAUUUAAGCUAAAGUAAUGUGAGCAAGAGUUGUACUUCAGGAAAUAUGAAUAUGGUAAUAAGUUAAUUGUGAUUAAUUUACAGGGUUGGCUCAGAGUGAAGGUAAGGAACGAUAAAUCUGUGAUGUUUUUUUUUACUUAUAGCCUGCUUUGUGAACUCAAGUUCUCUUUAACAUUCAUUGAGGAGGACAUAUGGAACCACCGUAUUUGAUAUCCUCGAUUUUGAGAAUUCUGCUUCCCUUGACAGAAUUUGUAUAUGCUUUGGCCUAUGUUCCUACAUGUUCUGCAUUCAGGUCACUCCGUUAUUAGCUUUAUCUGCAUUUGGUUGAUAGUUGAUACUAAUGCUCAUUAAGUUCGUGUUAGAAUCCUAUUCAUUGACUUCUCUCCUUGAAGAAUUGUGGGCUGAGAGGUACAAACAGGAAGAGUUAUUGGUGUUGCUAUGUUGAGAACUUGAGAUUGGAAGCAGUGAUGCAAAAGUCACUAGCCCUCAGAUGGUCGAGUGGCACCUAGCCUGCUUAGAUGCAGUCGGUCUGAAUGUAGUUGGUAGUUUGGUACCGGUGCAAUUGUUACUACAGGUUGUUGAAAAUGGUUCUGCUGUAUUGGGAUCAAUAAAGCUGCUUUACACCCCUCGUGUAACGUCUAAUAUUACCUUGUCUAAAGUGUCACCCAAAUGAUAGUACUAUAUUUAACUUGUUUGAUUUUAAUGUUUUAGCUUACCUCAGAUAUGUAACAUUACUUUUUUUGGAGAUCAUGUAGAGCGUAAUUUGGUCAUAUUCUAUUUCUUCUGUAAUAUUGGAUAAUCUUGAAAUGUUCCCAUUUUAC